UAUUCCUUCUCCAUUCAGUCUUCUUUUACUUCUCCCCGCGGUUUUCCUCUCAAUGCAUCAAUUUCUAUUUCAACCCUCUUUCUCUUAAUACUUUUCUGUAAGUACACAAAAGUGCAUACAAUUGUGAAACGAGUAAAAAUUGAUCAUGGAGAGCUCCAAUUGUGUGGGAUUAAUGGCGGUCGUGGCUAUCUCUAGCAGCAUCGCCAUCGUUUCUCUUCAACUUCAGAAGCGCCUCGUCUCUAAUUUCAUGCAGAAAGUUCAAUUUGAACUUGGUGAAGGCCCAAAGAUGAAGCCCAAUAUGAAGCGCAAGAAGAAGGUUAGAUUUGCUGAAGAUGUUGUUGAGCCAUCUUCAAACAAUGAAGAAUAUAGGAGGAGGAGAUCAAAUCCCAGAUUGAUGAUGGCAUAAGCCCUUCUCGUUGAUUUUGGAUUUAAAUUUUUUACUUUUCUUUUUUUGGGUUCUAAUUGACAAGUGAAGACUUUGGCAUUGGUGGAGAUCUAAUGAUUUAGAAAUUGCCUGAGUUUUCUUGUCUUUUUUGGGUUAUUUUGAUGGCCAAGGCCUUUUUAGGAUUGUACAAAUCCAAUUCAACUAAGUUGAAAGGAACAUCCCUAUGUAUAAUUUUUGUAUUAUACAGUGUAAUCGGAUGACCAAUCAAGAUUAUACAUUUAUAC